AUUGUUUUGAGUGUGUGUUAUGACUCCAGCCAAAAGUCAUGAGCUUUUCGUCACUCCACAUUACCAUCAACGACCUUAAAUAUUGGACAUCUGAAACAUGUAUUUCUGUCAGAUUAGAACUUCUUCACCAAUCCAAUACUUUACUUAUACUUCGAUAAGUGAUAGUACAGAGGAUCAUCAAUGCUGCAGGAUCGGGGUCGUUAACUCCCAUGACAUCUAGAUUAGUUAUGGCUACAAAAAAAAUAUUGUAAC